AUGCCACAAACGGGUGCAACUCGUUACCAAAAAUUUCUUAAGUCUGAAAAGGCAAAGACUAAACUGAAAGCCAAAAAGGAUCUUCCUAAAGGAACAAAUGUUACUAAAACAAAUUUUAAAGUGAAGAAAAUUGUCAUUAAAGAGCAGCUUAGAAAACGUACUGAGAAAGAGGCGUUGUCUAUACGAAAGCUGAAUGUUAAAGAACUCAUAACACGUCUAAAUCAUUUUAACACAAAUACCCGGAAAGACGCUCUCGAUGGACUCACGGAACUAAUUUCAGCUCAUCCGGAAAUUUUAGAAAAAGAUUUAGGACUAAUUAUUCAUGGAGUUAGUCCAAUGAUUUUGAAUGUUGAAAAAAUCGUGCGCCAUGAAUCACUGAAAGUUUUACACUUGAUACUUUCGAAUUUGAGUGUUGAGAAGAUAGAUCCAUUUUUUGAUGUUAUGUCUACGUUUCUAAGGAGUGCUAUGACUCAUAUUAACAGUAGAAUUCAAGAAGAUUCUCUACUAUUCUUAGAUAUUCUCCUUCUAUGUGCCCCAAUGAAAAUGGCAAAAGAUUUUUAUAGAAUUAUUCCAAAUUUUUUAGACAUGAUAUCAAAAUUACACAUUGACUCAAAACCUGGACGAACACUUACAGUUAAUAUGGAAAGCCAAAUUACAAGUGUUCGUUGGAGAUCUAAAGUUCUUCAUAGACUUCAAGAUUAUUUACAGAAAUUUGUCAUACACAACAAAGUUCUUGAAUUUGAGAAACCUAUAACAGAGUGUACAGAAGUUUUUGACCAAACUAAGCUAAAGUAUUAUCCAUUAUUUAAGCCAACUUACACAUCAGUAUGCUAUUUGAAAAUGCUAUCAUCCAAAAAUUCUCAAGAGAUUGUAUCUGUUGAUGAAGUGGAACAAUUGAAAGGCUAUAUAGACAACUUGAUGCCACUAUUAUUUGAAAUAUGGCUUGAAGUGUGCCCAAAUAUGAACAAGGAAAAAAACAUUGAGACUGUUGUAAGUGAAGAUGCUGCAUCAUUAUUAAAACAUUCUCUUGAGAUUAUAUUUUUGUUAUGGGACCUAAUAGAACAUCUCAACAAGAAGAAUCCGAGUUCAGAUAUAGAAUCAUCUUUUUGCCAGAAAUAUAAAAACUUAUAUACAUUACACUUUGUGAAUGCUUUUCCUUAUGUGACAAAUGUUAGAACCAAACAAAAUAGUGAUACUUCCCUUGAGAAUGUGAUUACGGACUCAAAAUUGGUUUUAGAAAAUUUGAAAAUAUGCCACUUGUUCAUAUUAUUAAAUCCAAAGAUAAAUUUGAAGUUACAAAACAAAGACAUUGUUGCUAUCUUGCAUUAUAUAGAAAAAACUUUCAACCAUAAUACUAAAGAUGAAGUAAACGAUGCCAUCAUUGAAAUCAUGCACACCAUAUUUUCAACUGAAGUGAGUAACUGGAGUAAAACAUGUAGUGUAAUGGAUGGCUUAUUCCGGAAAAUUAUAUGUGCCUACUUCAAUAAAAAUAUGUCCGGAUCGUGGAAACAAAAAAUAUUCGGGGUCCUAUGCAAAGUUGCUCUUAAUGAUAAACUAAGUCAUUUUCAUGCCAUUGAUGCAUAUGAAAUGUGGCUCAAGAAUCUACCAGACAUUUUAUUGGGUAGUUCAGUUACAGAACAAACCAUAGAUAUUAUUCAUAAAUUUGCUGUACAGAGCAAUGACAAAUUUAAUAUAGUCAUCAAACCUAAGUUGUCAAUGAUUAUAGAAAAUCUGCCAAAUAUUGUUAGUUCAGAAGCUGCUAAUAAUCCAAACAUGUAUUAUAAAUUAUUUUCAUUAUUUUUUUGGAUACGACCUUGGGAUAAUGAAUCCUUAAAUGUUUUAGAAAAACAAUUAUUGGACAGCAAAUAUAGUGAUGAUCAUUGUAAAUAUAUUAUUGAUACGUUAAAAAGUAGAACUGGAAGCACCUAAUCCAAAUCUGUAAUGUAUUAAAAGAAAUAUAAUUACUAUUAUAA